AUGACUGACUCGACAAUACUUUCUUUUACCACUUCAAAUCGAGGUAAACCAAUGCUUAUUUAUUCAGGAUAUGUUUAUCGAUUGAAAAAGUCGACAAAAAAAGUUAAAUACUGGGUUUGUCAAUCAAAUAGCUGUGCAGCAAAUGUUCAUACUAAUGCAAAUGAUCAAUUUAUUAAAGCUAAUGGACGACAUCAACAUUUGCCUGCACCCGAACGUAUUGAACUUCGAGAUUUGAAACACACGGUAAAGAAGAGGGUGGAAAAUGAAACGACUUCUGUACCCAAAAUUUAUGAAGAAGAACUAGCUCGUUCUAAUCUCUCUGCAGCUGCUCUUAUCCUUGCACCACUUGCACCUGAUGCAAAAUCUGUUUUAAAUCGUGUACGUCGAAAUAUAACUCCACCAAUACCUACAUCAAGUGAUUUCGAUAUUCCUGAUUUUUACCGACAAACACUUAAUGAUCUACCAUGUGUUAUAAGUUCGCUUUCAGGAAAAUCUACUGAUAUAUAUAUACAAUUACUUUCUGAGCUUGAAUAUCAUCCUGAACGAUUAAAUAUGAAAUUUGAACCACGGCAUGUGAUGUCAGAUUUCGAAAUGUCGCUGAUUAAAGCCAUUAAACAAAAAUUUCCAGUGUCAAUGCAUCAUGGUUGUUACUUUCAGUAUUGUCAGUCACUUUACAAACAAGUUCAACGACUCGGUCUAGCAACAGCAUAUCUUGACGAUGAAAGUACACGUUUAUCUUGUAGAAGCACAAUGGCUCUUGCUCUUCUACCCAUCGAACUUAUAGAAGAAGCUGUAAAACUUCUAGAAGAUGAUUCUCUUCCAGAAAUGGCAAAUUUCUUUAAAUAUUUCAAAUAUCAAUGGUUAACACGAGUGCCUCCAAAAUACUGGAAUGUGUCAACACUCGAGUUUCGUACAAAUAACUUCGCCGAGGGUGAGCUUUUGCCUUGUCUUGAAAAGUGUAUAUCUGUCUUUUCUCACACAGGUUGGCACAACAAGUUCAACAACCGUGUCGACAAAACUCAUCCAAACAUUUGGAGACUGUUUGAAUGUUUACAACGUGAGGAAUUAUCAUUUCGACAACAAUUAGGAAAAAUUAACUGUGGUAUGCAGAAAAAAACAAAUGACACCUGCUGCUCUAUCCGAACACAAAUCGUAACUCUAACGAAACGUCAUGAACAAAAACAAAUUACUCUAUUAGAAUUUAUUCAUGGUUUAUCUAUGAUCGUAGCUCAAAAUUCUGCAAUUGUUCUUUGA